UGAGAUUCAGUUAUUACGCUAUUUAUAAUUUCUGGUUGUUAUAUUUAUUAUCGAACUUAAUUAAAUAACAACAAAAAUAUUACCGAAGGCUAUUUGUACGAUAACAAAAAUUUUAAAUACCAGACUUAAGCUAAGUUUUGUGUUUAUAGGAAGUUAUGGCUCCGGUUGAACGUUCUAAGUAUUCCCUCAUUGAGUUAUCGGUCUUAGCAAUUAGUGACAUUAUUCAAGAACUUCUAAAAGCUCAUGAAAAUGGGAAAGACCUCAAUCUUAACAAAAUAAAAACACAGAUUUCUUCCAAAUAUGGAUUGCCAUCCACACCAAAGUUGGUGGACAUCAUUGCUGCAGUACCCAUAGAACAUAGAAAAAUUCUGGUUCCUAAGCUGAAAGCAAAACCAAUUAGGACUGCUAGUGGGAUUGCAGUUGUAGCUGUUAUGUGUAAGCCUCAUCGAUGCCCACACAUUAACAUGACUGGAAACAUAUGUGUUUAUUGUCCUGGAGGGCCUGAUUCUGACUUUGAGUAUUCUACACAAUCCUACACUGGUUAUGAACCAACCUCAAUGCGUGCAAUUAGAGCAAGAUACAAUCCCUACCUUCAGACGCGUCAACGAGUUGAACAGCUAAAGCAGCUUGGCCAUAGCGUUGACAAAGUGGAAUUCAUUGUUAUGGGAGGGACUUUCAUGUCUCUUCCUGAGGAUUACAGAGAUUAUUUUAUCAGGAACUUGCACGAUGCUCUUUCAGGUCACACAAGCAAUGAUGUCACUCAGGCCGUUGAGUAUUCUGAAAGAAGUCUAACUAAAUGCAUCGGAAUUACGAUCGAAACGCGACCAGAUUAUUGUCUUAAAAGACAUCAGUCUGACAUGUUAAAAUACGGAUGCACGCGGUUGGAAAUCGGUGUUCAAUCAGUUUACGAAGACAUCGCACGAGACACAAACCGCGGACAUACAGUUAAGGCUGUGUGCGAAAGUUUUCAUUUGGGAAAGGAUUCAGGUUUCAAAAUCGUUUCCCAUAUGAUGCCGGAUUUGCCAAACGUCGGAUUAGAGCGAGACAUUGACCAAUUCAUCGAGUUUUUCGAAAAUCCUCUCUUUCGAGCCGAUGGAUUAAAAAUUUAUCCCACACUGGUUAUCCGCGGCACUGGCCUGUACGAGCUCUGGAAAACAGGCCGUUAUCGCUCCUACCAUCCCAAUGUUUUAGUCGAUCUGGUAGCAAAAAUUUUAGCUCUAGUACCACCAUGGACCCGUAUCUACCGCGUACAACGAGAUAUUCCAAUGCCACUCGUAAGCUCCGGAGUUGAAAAUGGAAACCUCCGUGAAUUAGCAUUAGCGAGGAUGGUAGAGUUUGGUAUAGACUGCAGAGAUGUCCGAACUAGAGAAGUAGGAAUUCAAGAAGUGCACCACAAAGUCCGCCCUUACGAGGUCGAAUUGAUUCGUCGUGAUUACGUUGCCAAUGGUGGAUGGGAAACUUUUCUGUCUUACGAAGAUCCUGAACGUGAUAUCUUGAUUGGUUUACUACGAUUGCGCAAGUGCUCAUCACAAGCUUUCCGCCCGGAAUUACAAGGAGGAGUUUCAAUUGUUCGCGAACUGCACGUGUAUGGUAGCGUGGUGCCGGUUAGCGGUCGAGACCCAAGAAAGUUUCAACAUCAAGGUUUUGGAACGCUUUUAAUGGAAGAGGCGGCACGUAUUGCCAAAGAGGAACACAAGUCCUUCAAAAUAGCUGUCAUCUCGGGAGUAGGGACACGAAAUUACUACCGCAAAUUGGGUUAUCAACUUGAGGGUCCCUACAUGACGAAGUUAUUAAAUUAACUCCCUGAAACUCUUGUUUUAAAAAAAAUACAUGCUUUUUGGAAUAUA